CUCAGAGCAGGGUAGCACGUCCCAGCCCUGAAGUUAUGUAGGUGGGGCGGGCUUUAAUUUGCUUAUAUCUAAUGAUUUGAGGAACCUCGCUUUAAAAUGGCGGCAUUCAGUAUACACCCCUGCUAAAGGCUCUCCCGGCACCGGGGCCACCUCGCGCAGCGCUGCUUUUGCUUCUGCCGCUAACACAUGGCAUGUGCCGCUGUCGCUGCCGCUGCCCCUACUGCUGCCGCUGAGAGCAGGGCCCCUUAGCCUCUGGGUUUGCGCUAGCAGCAUAAGGUUCUGAAAAGUGCCUUUUCUGAAAACUCUGCUGCUUGGAUUCUACUCUAGAGCUGUCUCUUUACCAACCCCUCUCCCUGCCACACCCUUCCCCGCUCCCUGCCUCCUACAAAACCUGGCGUGCUUGUAGUUCACUUGUCAGCAACUUGUCCAUUUUUUUUUUCUGUGAUUCGCAGUUUUCUUAGUCAUUUUCUUGCCCCUCAAUUUUGCAGCAAAGCUGGUUUUCGGGUUGUAACAUCUUCCCCAGUCUUAUUCUUUAGAACUAAGAAAUAGGGAGAAAAACUUUUCUCUCCCUGAUCUGAGACCCUUGCACAAAUUGAAGGGCAGCAAGCAGCAUAUGCUUUUUAUAAGAAUAAUUGAAAACAUCAACUAGACAGCACAGAAUUCUUUUGAAAGCCUGCCAGUUUUUUUGAGGCAAAUUCAGCAAAGGAACAAAAUAAACCAUUCAAUAUCUAUAAGCUUUACAGUUGCCUUCUUAGGAGUUGGUCUCUAAUUUGAUUUUUAGUUAUUCUGAUACAACUUUGAUUUUAUGAGUGACUUUUUAUUUGACUAGAUCAGAUUUGACUUAAAUGGAAACCUAAGUGCUAACAAAUAGACAUUCUGCCAAAGCAACUUGGUGUCUUUCACAUUUACCCCUAAUUCAUUUUUAGUCCUUUAACAAUCCAUAGUGAUAUUCUCCUAAAGAGGGUGCACUUGAUUAUAAUUUUGCUUUCAAUAUGACGGCUGUCAAUGUUGCCCUGAUUCGUGAUACCAAGUGGCUGACUUUAGAAGUCUGCAGAGAAUUUCAGAGAGGAACUUGCUCUCGACCUGAUGCAGAUUGCAAGUUUGCCCAUCCACCAAGAGUUUGCCAUGUGGAAAAUGGUCGUGUGGUAGCCUGUUUUGAUUCUCUAAAGGGUCGGUGUACUCGAGAGAAUUGCAAGUACCUUCACCCUCCUCCACACUUAAAAACGCAGCUGGAGAUUAAUGGACGUAACAAUCUGAUUCAACAGAAGACUGCAGCAGCCAUGUUCGCCCAGCAGAUGCAGCUUAUGCUCCAAAAUGCUCAGAUGUCAUCACUUGCUUCUUUUCCUGUGAAUCCGUCCCUUGCGGCUAAUCCUGCCAUGGCUUUCAAUCCUUAUGUACCUCAUCCUGGGAUGGGCCUAGUUCCUGCAGAACUUUUACCAAAUACGCCUGUUCUGAUUUCUGGGAAUCCACCUCUCGCGUUGCCAGGAGUUGCUGGUCCAAAACUGAUGCGUUCGGAUAAACUGGAGGUUUGCCGUGAAUUUCAGCGUGGAAAUUGUACCCGGGGGGAGAACGAUUGCCGCUAUGCUCACCCUACAGAUGUUUCCAUGAUUGAAGUGAGCGAUAAUACUGUGACAAUCUGCAUGGAUUACAUCAAAGGUCGAUGCUCCCGGGAGAAAUGCAAGUACUUUCAUCCUCCUGCACACUUGCAAGCCAAACUCAAGGCAGCUCAUCACCAGAUGAACCACUCGGCUGCCACGGCGAUGGUAAGAACAGACCAGCAGUUGCAGCCUCUCCAUUUUGGGGCCCUGCAGCCUGGUGCACUUCAACUGAUACCAAAGAGAACGGCCAUUGAAAAGCCCAACGGUGCCACCCCGGUCUUUAAUCCAAAUGUUUUCCACUGCCAACAGACUCUGGCUAACAUGCAGCUCCCACAGCCGGCAUUUAUCCCAACAGGGCCAAUACUGUGCAUGGCACCCGCUUCAAGUUUUGUGCCCAUGAUGCACGGUGCUACACCUACCGCUGUGUCUGCCGCAACAACACCUGCAACCAGCGUUCCCUACGCUGCAACAACUACAGGCAAUCAGUCGAAAUUCUGAACAGCAGAGUCACAGAGUACCGGAAUCUCUCCAUGAGAACCUCCAUAUGGCCUUUCUAUAUGUAUUCUCAAAUGUCCUCUUCUACCAACACAACAAUAAGCAUGGUGCAAUCAAUAUAUUAAGUAGAGAAAAUGUACCAGCCAACAAAUUUGAAUAAAAAAUGAAGAAUUAAAAAUCAGCGAAGAUGGUAAAACAAGACCCAUAUAGAAAGCUACCCAUCUUGUUUGAAUUAUCAGGUAGAAUAUUGACCAUAACAUUUGUGAUUUUCCAAUAACCAGUAUGCUAAAUUAAUUUCCACACUGUACUGUUGGCUUACUCUACAUUCUUGGUGGAUAAACUAUCUGUUUUUGAAGUGUUACCUUACUUGUGUUUACAGGAUAGUCUAUUGGGUUGAUUUAGAAUGUAACAAAUAUGUCCAGUACCAUCUUCCCCAUCGUUGUGUUGUACUGGUUUGGGUUGAAUUUAGUCUUACAUACUAUAGUGUUUUGCUGUAUAUGUGUGGUGUUUGAUAAAAAUUAAAAUGUUACUAGUGGGGAACAGAAGUAUAUGUGCUUGAAAACAUGACAGGAUUAUGUUAAUAUGCUCUCUUUAGAAUCUUUCUGUAGGUUUCUAGAGGCAGAUAUGUAAAAGGCCUCACUUUUGAGUGUGCACAAAACCUGGUCAUAAACAUGCAUGUAUAUAAUUUGUACCUGUAGAUCUGACCCUGCAUAAUUCAGUAAGCUUACUAGAUUUUUUUGUGAGAGAGAAAUAAUUACCACCCAAAGUAAGGAACUUCUUCAAACAUGAACUCCUAAUACACUCCUUUUAAAUGGCCUAAAAAUGGAGAAUUUUUCCUUUUAAUGAAGUUCUCAGCAUUUAUACUAAAAAUUAUAUAAAGUACCCAUUACAUUUUUUUUGUAUCUCAAGAAAUCCUGUCUCCUAGGUUGAGUGUCUAAAAUUGAGCCAUUUGUCAUCUUCAGCUGAGAAACUGGUACUUGGGAGCUUAAAGGUAUGCUAAUUGCAGGUUAUAAAUCAAACAGAAAGAUGGGGGCAUGGAGAUAGUUUUUACAUACUGGCAGAAAGUGUGUAAAACCAUUGCAAUGUAACCUUUUACACAAGUGCCAUUUCCAAAUGCAAAUGGCUCAUGCUCUUUAGACUACUCUUUGAAUAAUAAGUAAGAUGCAAUCUAGCAAAAGUCAGUCAGGGUGAAAGAGAAUUGGUUCCAAAUGAGGCCUUUCCUCCCCAAAUGGACAAUCUUCUCUAUUGAUCACAGAGGGAGCCUGAGUACAGGUUCAGAGAAAUUGUAGGUUUGGGGCCAGGGAGACAUUUAAAAUUACUCUUUGGUUUAUGCAAAAGAACUUGAAAAGGUGUCCACAAUUGUCUUUAGCUUAAGUUUAACUGAAUUUCCAAUGCUGUUUAACAUUUUAGUGAAGGAGCCAGCACCCAUGACACGUGACAAGUGUUUCCCUGGCCAGAUUUUAACAUCAGAAUCCUUUGCAUCAUAAAGCUUUUUUAUUGUUUGGACUCAUUAACCUUUUUAUAUGUUCAUAGAGAGAUAACAGCACACUUUGAUUAAUAUAGAGAGGCUAUAUUCCACAGAGAUGAGCUGAAUUUUCAUUACUAAUACUUAUAAAAUAGUUGCACACAGUAAAAAUAGAAAUUAAUCCAUUCCUGUGGUACAUACAUAGCAUACCUCCUCCACUCUACUGAGUUAUUAACAUUACUCUUAUACAGUGGUAGAAACAUAUGAUACUUUACACAAAUUAGAUUUAAUAUUUUCUACUAAAUAUAUAUUCUCCCAUGGGAAAGUAUAAAAACAAAAUAUAUAUGUUGUUUUUCUCCUUCAUGAAAAUGACAAUCAAAGAAAAAAAUCUGAUUUAGGAUAUCAAAAGCCAGCUGGUAGGUUUGAAUUGUAGAACAAUAGAGUUGGCAAAGAUUUUUCACAGUUGAUCAAACUAAGACCCAGAGCAGGUAACUUGCUCAGGGAUACCCAGCCAACUGUAGGACUCAGAACUACCAGUUGUUCCUUCUCCUCACAUUUUGCUUCAGAACAUUUCAGACUCCAUAGGCAAAGCCUGAGCAAAGCAGUUUGGCUCACAAUUCAAAAGAACAAAAUUAUCCCAGGUAAUUUGUAUCCCAUUGAUCUUAACUAUCAAUCCAAAUCCUGGUCAACAGUGAUUUCUAGUCAGUCUUGCUUGUAUUGAGCCACUGUUAUCUGUUAACAGUGUUGCCUGGAGCAAGAGAUCAAGAGUUGUCCUAACUUUUCCCAGUGGACUCUUUGAACCACUUAAUUUGUUUCCUAAAAUCUUAACACUGCUAGAAAAGAAAGUAGAGUAUGCCUUUUUGAAAUGUCUUUUGUAUGCAACUGAAUUUUGUAUAAUCUGUGCCAGUGCCUCUCCAGAAUGGCAGAUCUGAUCACAUAAAUCCAGGAAGGAAGCACCUGAGCUGAUCAGUGGAGAUGAAAUUUUUGUGCAAAAUGAACUUUUAUGGAGUUUGACAUUUUGAUGCAACAUACUAUCUCAUUGAACUUUUUAAACUUGUGGCAAAGAUGUACAGAGACAACAAACCUAGAGUUCAGCUGUUUUCCUAUUGCUUUAAGCACUGGAAGACAUUAAAAAUGACUUAUUUGUAGUAAGAGAUUCAUGGGGGAUAUCCAUGAUAGUUGUAUUUUGGAGCCACAAUUUUCUAUACUGUUGGCAUUUUUAAAGUUGUUAUGAAAAUGAAUUUAAAGAAAGAAAACUCAAAGCCCUAAAGUUUUGAUCAAAUUCAACAGAGUUUUGAGAGAAAUGAAAUUUUAAGAUAGUACUCUUUAAGCUAGUUGUGCAAUGACUUAUUAAGAUUAUCUUUUUUCAAGAGAAAACAAGACCGAUAAGUCAUUAGACUAUAAAUUUCAAGUUAUAAAGACAAGUCACAAAAUCAGUGACUCUAAGCAAAAAUUUACUGAAUGAAUUGUAUAUAUGAAAUUCUAAUCACUUGUGAUUCUUAGUUAACAGUUUAUAAUCUUUGUAGUUUACAAGGGCCUCUAUUUUUAUUUAUCCAAAAUUAUGAGUUUUGUCCAUUUUUCUCAGCCUUUUGCAGAACUAUGCAAGAGUGCUGAAACUUGGAUAAAAUGGGUCAUCCAUACAGAAAAAGUAAUCUAAAAAUACCUUUUAAGAGGGUUUUAGUAGUUUCAAUUUUCACCAAAAGCACUAUGUGACCAUAGCAUAAGUAUAUUUUAAAGAGGGAUUAAGAUGAAAUUAAAAUAAUGGAUUCAUAAAAUUGCUAUUUAAAUACAGUAUUUACUUUUGCAAUGAGAGCAUGAUUCCACUCCCAGCUGUUGCAUUUCAUUUCACAUUUCUAGAUUAGUCUUUACUUUGUAGUUAAUCAUGAAAGCCAUCUUCUCCCAACUCCAUCCAUUUCUGAACAUGCUAAAGCACUUUGAUCUUGCCAUGAGUGUUGUCCUACAGCACUGGCUGUGUUCACUAAUGGGAGCCCUUAGCUCACCUGCUCUCCAACUUGGGAAAAUGCCAGUACCUUCUCCCUGCCAUCAGCAGGAACCAACUGAAAUUAGCCUUUACAGCCUGAAUCACUUUUUAAUGCCAUGACCAGUGAGCAUAAUGAUGAUGUCUGAAUAAGGAACCAGAUUUACAAUUGCAUUUUAUGAAAUAAGAGAGAAGGUUCAUGUGCUACUUGGAAAGUUAUUUGGUUCUUUUCCCCCUCUUUGGAGAGUGUCGAUGAGGUUGCUCUCAGGUAAAGUGCAACCACAAGUUUCCUGAGUUCUUUUAGUCUGUAGAGUAGGCUGUGGCACUCAGAAUGAUUAGAAACUGGAGUCCUAAUUCUUUUCAUCUCUCAUACAUUGAAAUAGAUACAAGUAAAAUUUAGGUGGGAAAUUUGAUUUCCCAAUUUGAUUAAUAGAUUUAGUAACAUAGUGGCCUAGUUUAACAAGUACCUGUUGAAGGCAAUAGAAUAAGUAGCAUUUAAAAAUAUAACUUUUUUUAGAAAAUGUAGUUGCUAGUCUAAUCAGUCUGUAAAUAUAUAACUACAAAUAUAGGUUUCUGAGCACCAUCACUAAUUGGUGCCGUGCUUUCAUUUUUUUAUUGUUAGUUUUUAAGAUUCUUAUUUUAUUACUUUUUGUAUCUCUAAGUAACUGAUGGAUUUAAUUUUGAAAGAGAGUUAGGGAAAGUGUAAGUUUUUGCUACAUAUAUUCAUUCCAUCUGGAUAAGUUCUAAACUGACAUUGAAGCAUGGCAAAUGUAGAUUACAGUCCAUAACAACUCUCUACAGUUCACAGUUUAAGAACAAAUUUACCUUUAUACAAAAAGAAUAAUUAUUAACUAAUUAUAUUUAGUCGUUGCGUUGGCAACAAAACUACAACAUGGCUACCUUUAGACAAUGUGUGUGUGUGUGUGUGAAAUUUUUAUUUGUAAACUAUACAUGGUUUGUGACAGUAUGAGCAUGUCAAAGCUACAGCUCAAAACUCAGAAAAUAGAUAUGGUUGAAUUUUUUUUUAAAUCCCUAAGUCUCAUGUGAAAGCUGAAUUUGUGUCCUUGUGUGACUUUUUGGUCAAAAAGUUUACAACACAUGGAUUUUAGAGUCAAGCUUUAUAGUUUAUAGAAUUUGUUGUGUGGAUUGGGUUAUUCCUCAGUAUUUUGACAUCAAAACAGAAUUGUUGAAUAUAUAAAAUAUUACCUGACUCUUUUUUUAUAACUAAAAUUAUCCUAGUCAUGUAACAUCUGUAGCUGCAAAAUUUCUGUUUUAUGUAUACAAUUACAUGAGGAUUAGAGGAUGACUAAAAUAUUUUUUGAAAUCAGUUCAUAUUUGCAAAACCAUACAUAAAGAUACUGUGGAAUGACCCCUUGACAGUGUUUAAGAGACAUAUGCUGCCGUUACCUGAUUGUCUCAGUUAGGGUGCGGAUGUGUGAGACACACCUUUUUUGCACUUAUGUACAUAGUUCAUGAAAGCAAUCCUUGGAGCUUUUUUUUUUUUUAACGUAAGAAGUCUGUGAUGAUAGUGGAAACAUUAGUAAGAAAGAGUUAUUUCUAAGGCCUUGAGAAGGAGGAUUUUUUGCUUUGCUGUUGUGGAUGCUUUUCUAGUUUGCUACAACUCACUAUAAGAAAAGGCUGAUAACAGAGAAAGGUCAACUUUAGCUAACAGCACUAAACAAGAGCAGAAGUUAUUUCUUUCAGCAAGACAACUAACAAUGAUUGUUUGCUUUGUGAAUUAACCCCCACUGGAAACACACACACACAAACACACACACACAUACACACACACAUGCACACACACACCAAGUGGGUUUCUAGAAGGAAUUUACUUUUUUAAUGAUUGCAAGCAGUUAAAUAUACUUUAAAAUUACAAAAUAGUUAUUCUCAUUAUGUUAAAAUCAGAUUUCAUCCUUCCCAGAAAAUUAUUGCUAUAUGCAUCAGUUAAUAUGUAUGCCAACUAAUGUAUAUUCAAGAAAUAGUCAAAUUGUUACUGUUGACCUCUAUUCCUCCUUUAAGAUUCAGGCCCCCAAACAAAUAGGCAGUCAAAAGAGCUUACUUACCAGUUAAGUGUGACCAGUAUACGGCAGUUCAUCCCCUUCAACAAAGGAAAACAAGCUUCUGACACAACUUUGGAAAUAACUUUAUUUACAUUAUACCUGCUCAGUGGAAGCUAUUUUCUGACCUGAUUUUACUAGAUUACAGAGUACUUUGAUGUGCCACUUCAGCCUCCCAAUAUUUUGUUUUAACUAAGAAGAGAACUAGCCAAAAUCUUCCAUAACAUAGGAGCUGAAAGAGAAUGUUUCAAUCUGAUCAUUUCUGCCAGUUUUAGCUCCACACCACCUACAAAUAGACAUGGAACUUUCUUAUCCUGCCCAGGAAAUGAGACAGGAAAUGUUGAGGUUAGAUAGGUUAAGGGAAAGAUCACUCUAGGUCUUUUAAGUCCUUCACAAAUUGGGACAUGUAGCUCUUGUUCUCAAGAAGCCCAUCCUGGGUUUAAGAGAGCUGCAACUGGAGCAUAGCAGCCCAUUUUUCUAGUUCUCACAGGAUAGAAAAUAGAGCUAGGGAUGUGGCUCAGUGGUAGAGUGCUUGCCUAAUAUGCACAAGGCCCUGGGUUCAGUCCCCAGCGCGCACACACACACACACACACACACACACACACACACACACAAACAGAGAGACAGAAAAAUAAGCCAAAGUCAGAAAGCAAUCCAAGCCUUACAGUUGUCAAAUAGCUCAGGGCCAGCUAGUUAGAAAUUUCUCUUUUUUUUUCUUUUUACUUCCUCAUUUCAUAAGCACUUAAGAGUCAGUCAUAUAACCAUACAACUAACAGCCUGACAAUCUAACCACCAUUUCCAUUGAUGUAAAAUGUCAGCAUUCAUACAUUCUAUAGUUAAGAAUUCACCAACAUAAUUUCCCAAUUUAACCUAUGUCCUUGUUUUGACAUAACCUUGUGAAUAUAUAAGCCACAAGAAUAUAUUUUCAUAAGGUCAAGAGAGAGAUGAGUUUUUUUGUGGUUUAGUUUAUUUUAUUACCAUGCUGAGGAGUGAAUCCACAGCCUCAUGCAUGUUAGGUAAGUGCUCUUACCACUGAGCCACAUCCCAGCCUGAACUCUGAGAUUUUAAGUCAGGAAAAAUCAUCCAUAAAAUAGCAAGAAUGGCCCUAGAAGCAUUGCAGAAGAUAUUCAAUAAAUUUACAACAUGGUGUGCCUGCUGACAGCAUCUGGGUUGCAUUCUUUGGAGCUUAAACACAGUGGCUGUCUUUAAGUAAAACAAAUUAGGAAACGAAGUAUAACAAAUGCAUGAGAGACCCAAAAAUAACCUCAGCUAGGAUUCAGUUUGACUAAUUCAGUAUCCAGUCCCUUUACUUGUCCAUGCCUAUAAGGAAAUUACUCAUUAAUACUCAAAAGCUCAAUUAUUCCAGAGAGAAUUUAUUUUUAUAUAGAACACAUCCUCAAUUACGGUUUACCUAAAAGGAAAAAAAAAUGUAUCACUGUGAAAUAAGUUACCACUCUGCAGAUACUGUAAACAUUCCUCACUAGUCAUCUUCUAUAUCAUGUUACUUUUUUAAAAAAAAUACCUCUGUAACAACACCGAAAAGUAACCUGACUAUUAAGUAGGCAUUUUUUUUUCUCCUAAACGCAUAACCUGAAGAUUUAUCUAUCUUAGAACUGCAUGAUUCCAAAGCUUAAGUCUAUAUACAGAUGCUAUUUGUUAGUAAUGGAAAGCAAAUUAUUUUAUUGUUGUCUUUUGUGUCUAGCAGUUGAGGGAGUGAUGUGAACAUCAUUGGCAUUUGAUUCUGAGGAUAACCUUCCCAAAAUAAAUUUCCUUUUAUUGUUAUCAUUGCAACUUUAGUUUCUUGAAAGUGAAUAAUUUGUUUCCAUGCACCCAAUUACAUUCGUUUAAAAUUAAGGAUUUUUUUGUUUUUUAUUUUUGAGAUAGAGUCUGGCUACAUUGCCCCAGGUUGACCUCAGAUUCUUGGGUUCAAGAAAUCCUCCCAUCUUGGCCUCUUGAGUAGAUGGGACUAUGGGUGUGUGCCACCAUGCCCAGCUGUAAAUUAGAUUUUAAAAAAAAAAAGAUCCUAAAUAUACUCUUUUUUAAAAGGCUGAUUUUAUGCAUUUAUAAAACUCUCUGGAAUAUAGACAAUGGAAACAUGUAUUGGGAGCAGAAAAAUGGUAACUUGAAAAUACCUAUAUUAAGAAAACUAUUAACCCUGUGCAACAAUUAUAGUUUCUAAUAAUGAUCAGAAUAUUUUAUUAAUAAAAACCAUUCCCAUGAUGUUUUGUCUCUAAAAUGCAAUAGCUCAUUCCCUCAACGGCAGAUGCUUUGACUUUUUUUUUUUUUGCAAGUUAUAGUGCUGUAGUGCUUGUUUGUGUUUAGAAGUAUACAUUAUGCAACUCAUUUUAGUACGCUACUUUUAUGUCAUUUUUUGUUCUUUUAAUAAAGUAUGUAAAUUCUUUG